CUCGCGUUCUCAUGGAAUGUCAGAACGAGUGGUACAGGACCUUUGCAUCGUGGAAAAUUGGCGGGGAGUGCAAUGGGGCGUACGGUGUCACUUGCGACGCUCAAGGCAUAGUCACAUCCAUGAUCAUUAAUGACGCUUUGUACGGAUCCCUCCCAUCAUCCAUCGGCAACCUAAGCAGCCUGGACUCCUUGGUAUUUAAUUCGGCUGGCUUAGCUGGAUCCAUCCCUUCUACCAUUGGCCGCUUGAGCAACCUGUCCUUAUUGUACUUUAGAGGGAACAACAUGGAAGGAUCUAUCCCAUCAACCAUUGGCAACCUGGUCAAUUUGAAAAAAUUGUAUCUUGACAACAACGGAUUUUCUGGAUCUAUACCAUCAGUCAUCUCCAGCUUGGUCAGCUUGGAGUAUUUUAUGGUUUUCGAUGAUGGUUUGACCGGAUCAAUCCCACCGACCAUUGGCAGCUUGAUCAAGCUCUCAUAUCUGUUAUUAGUAGGGAAACGCUCUGUAGGAUCCAUUCCAUUGACCAUUGGCAACCUAAUCAACCUCGAAUAUAUGUAUUUGCAGAGUACAUUCACCGGAUCAAUUCCGUCUAUUAUUGGCAACCUGGCAAAGCUGUCAUAUCUACAUCUUUUAAGUAACAACUUGAAUGGAUCCAUUCCAUCAUCUAUUGGAAACCUGACUGGCUUAAAUUAUCUGAAUCUUGCAUAUAACAGCUUCAAUGGAUCCAUUCCAUCAACCAUUGGAAACUUGAUUGGCCUAACAAAUCUGAAUCUUGCAAAUAACAACUUCAGCGGAUCCAUUCCAUCAACUAUUGGAAACCUGACUGGCUUAGAAUAUCUGCUUCUUUCAGAUAACGAGCUUAUUGGAUCCAUUCCUUCAACCAUUGGCAACCUAUCCCACUUGGUUAUUUUGAAUCUAGGAGGGAACUCCUUAAGUGGAUAUAUCCCCCCAAUUAUUGGCAACUUGAGCAAACUGGAAUAUCUCGAUGAUUUUUCUAGAACCGCAGUGACAUGCCCACCUGACUACGACGCCUGUGUGGUCCAACAAAACACUUCAAGCACUUUCUGCCGUACAUGCUCCUCCUUUUGCAACACUUGUGACAAGCCAACAUCUAAAUCGCUGUCACCAAGAGCCAUUGCUGCCAUUGCAGUGGCUGCUGUGGUUGCGCUCGUGCUGCUUCUGGCCGGUAUAUGGCUACUCAGAAGAUACGUCAAGAAAGGUGCCGUCCAAGGAGCAUCGACAGCAGGCAAGGAGAGCAGCGAUGCUGUGCUUGCUAAGGAUUUCCAAGGCAAGGAGAGCAGCAAUGCUGUGUUGGCUAAAGCGUCGCAAGGCACGUUGGCACUGGCUCUUUCUGUAUAUUUGUCUCAAUUUUGA